ACAUCUCGCCUUCUCGCCCAACAUUCUUCUCAACUCUCUGGUGGUGGAGUGAAAUCUCUGAACCGUGAAUCCUGAUCGAUAGACAAAUAUUGAAGAAGAACUUGCCUGCAUUUAGGCUCUUCAGUUUUGGGAUUUGAAGAGUAUUUGCUCGUCUUGCUGUUAUGAUUCCAUUUUUCUCAAAUUAAUUCUAUGAAACUUCCCAAAAUCUAACUGUAUACUACUUACUAUAGACGAUGAUUCUCUACAAGAUUUCUGAAUCUCUCUCCCUCGUUUCUCUAUUGAAGAGCGGUUUCACUCCCACCACUCCUCACUUCAAUCAAUUCCUCCUCUUCCUUUCUCGAUCGGGAAGAUUCAAACUCAUUAUACACUUGGUGAAAUCAAAUCAAUUUAAAGGAGACUCCAAGACACGCAGAAUUUUCAUACAAUCCCUUGUCAAAGAGGAUAAAUAUGAUGAAGCAGUUCAGUACUUGAAGAAGAAGAAGAAUACCCAGAUGGAGAAACGCUUAUUUGAUUCAUUAGUUCAACGCCUCUGUAAAAGAAGAAACUCCGAAAAGGCGCUUUCCAUACUGAAGGAUUGCUCAGUGAGUGAUGAUGUUUUGCUUUCUUCUUACACUUUCUCUUCAUUGAUUUACUCUUUAUGUAGUCAGGGAAAGAUGGAUAAGGCAAUUCAAGUGUUAGAGUUGAUGAACAAUGAGAAAAACAAGUACCCAUUUCAUAAUUUUGUAUGUAGUUUUGUGAUUUCUGGGUUUUUAAGUGUUGGAAAGGCUGAGCUUGCUGUUAAGUUCUUUGAGAAUGCUGUGAAUUCAGGUUAUUUGAAGCCCAAUGUUGUUACUUAUACAGCACUAUUAAGUGCUUAUUGUAGAUUAGGAAGAAUCGACGAGGUUUCUAAUUUGGUUGCUAGGAUGCAAAUAUAUGGAUUAGAAUUAGAUGUUGUAUUUUACAGUAAUUGGAUAUAUGGGUAUUUUGGGGAAGGGGCAAUUGAAGAGGCACUGCACAGACACAAUGAGAUGGUGUGUAGGAGGAUUGAGUUGGAUACAAUAGGUUAUACAAUACUUAUUGAUGGGUUUUCAAAGGAGGGGCAUGUGGAGAAAGCAAUUGGGUUCCUAUACACGAUGAAAAAACGUGGUCUGCAACCUAAUUUGGUCACUCUUACAGCAGUGAUAUUAGGAUUUUGCAAGAAAGGGAAACUGUGUGAGGCGUUCACCGUGUUUAAGAUGGUUGACGAAUUGCAGAUUGAAGCGGAUGAGUUUAUCUAUGCAGUGUUAAUUGAUGGUGUGUGCAGGAAGGGUGAUAUAGAACGUGCAUUCGAACUGCUCGGGGAAAUGGAGAAGAAAGGGAUAAAACCUAGUGUUGUCACAUACAACACCAUUAUUAAUGGAUUGUGCAAAGCAGGGAGGAUGAUUGAGGCUGAUGAUGUGUCUAAGGGAAUCCCCGGAGAUAUUAUCACAUAUAGUACAUUGUUACAUGGUUAUAUGCAAGAAGAAAAUGUCACGGGAAUGCUAGAAACAAAAAAUAGACUUGAAGCGGCUGCUGUUUCUCUGGAUGUUACUAUGUGCAACUUGCUUAUAAAAGGCCUAUUUAUGAUGGGUUUGUUUGAGGAAGCUCUUGCCAUAUAUAAGAAAAUAUCGGAUAUGGGCUUGACUUCCAAUUUUGUUACUUACUGUACAAUGAUUGAAGGUUACUCAAAAGUAAGAAUGCUAGAUGAGGCACUUGAAAUAUUUGAUGAAUUUCGGAAGGCAUCUAUAACUUCAGCUGCAUGUUACAAUUGCACCAUUCAGGGGCUCUGUAAGAAUGACAUGCCGGACAUGGCAGUUGAAGUAUUCGUUGAACUAAUAGAUCAAGGUCUGCCUUUAAGUACAAGGAUCUAUAUGAUAUUGAUAAAAAAGAUCUUUGGAGUUAAGGGUGCUGAUGGAGUUUUAGAUUUGUUUCAGAGAUUGGGAAGAAUUGAGCAUGAAAAAUUUGGUUCAAUGUGUAGCGAUGCUGUUUCUUUCCUGUGCAACAAAGGAUUAUCAGAGGCUGCAUUCGAUCUAUUAAUGGUGAUCCAAAGUAAUGGCUUUGUACUAAGCAAGAACUCUUACUAUCUUAUAAUGAGAUCUCUUCUCUAUGGUGGCCAAACCUUUUUGACUGGCCUCCUUUUGACAACAUUCAUAAAAAAUUAUGGGAUGUUUGAGCUUAGAGAAAAGGAGAUACUUGUGUACUUUCUUUGCAUUAAAAAUGUAGAAACUGCGCUUCGGUUUCUUGCUACUAUGAAAGGUGGCGUAUCUGCGGUAGCUUUUCCUGCUAUUGUUUUGAGGACACUGACAAAAAGUGGCCGAUAUCUGGAUGCUUUUGACCUUGUUGUGGGAGCGGGAGAUAAGCUACUGCUCUUGGAUGUGGUUGACUACUCAAUUGUUAUUGACGGCCUUUGCAAAGGAGGACAUAUUGACAGGGCGUUAGAUCUCUGUAAGUUUGCCAAGAAUAAAGGAAUUUCUUUCAAUAUUGUAACCUAUAACUCAGUUAUCAAUGGGUUGUGUCGUCAAGGGUGCGUGGUUGAAGCUUUUCGGUUAUUUGAUUCAUUAGAAAAGAAUAAUAUAGUUCCUUCAGAAAUCACAUAUGGUAUACUCAUUGACACUUUAUCAAAAGAAGGUCGUUUAGAAGAUGCGAGAAGGUUGUUUGAGGAAAUGUCCCUAAAGGAUCUUAGACCAAAUACUCACAUAUACAAUUCAUUAAUUGAUGGAUGCAGCAAGUUAGGUCAAGUCCAGGAAACUUUGAAGCUUCUUCUUGAUUUGCAAGCUAAAGGCCUAACUCCAGAUGAAUUCACUGUCGGUGCAGUACUUAACAGCUAUUGUCAGAAGGGUGACAUGGAGGGAGCUCUUGGGUUCUUUUCUGAGUUCAAAAGGAGAGGUACACUACCUGAUUUCUUGGGUUUCAUGUACUUGGUGAGAGGCUUAUGUGAUAAAGGAAGGAUGGAAGAAUCUCGAUGCAUUUUGAGGGAGAUGUUUCAAUCAAAAUCUGUCAUUGAUCUUCUUGGCAGAGUUGAAAGCGAGAUUGAAACAGAGUCAAUUGGAAGUUUUCUUUCUCUGUUGUGUGAGCGAGGAAGCAUCCAAGAGGCUGUUAAUAUUCUCAAUGAAGUGAUGUCCAUGUUUUUCCCUGUUAGAGAGAAGAGAUUUGAUUCUAAAGACUUAUUCUACAAAUACAAAGCAGAUAUAGGCUCCCAAUCAUGCGAGAGUUGGACAUCGGUGAAGGCAUCAAACAACCCUCAUAAUCAAGACACUCAAAUAAACCAGUUCCUUGACUUCAAUUCUUAUUAUUCUUGUAUUGCUUUAUUAUGUUCAAAAGGGGAGUAUGAUAAUGCUAAUGAAGUGGCAAAAAUUGUUACUGGUUUCACUUAGAGCUUAUUUGUCUUUGGACAAAAUUGACUAGCUUCUCUGGAUAUGGUUUGAGCUCUUCUAGUGUUUCUUGCUGGAACAAAGAAUCAUACAACCAUACAGGAGCUAUAUUGGGUGGAAAAAGAAUUGGAAGCCUUACACCAAAAAGAGCAAAUCUUGGCCUCUAAAGCUAGGUGUUAGGAAACUUGGCACAAUGGACUUAGUAGUAUUCUUUCUACAGCAGAAGCACAGGGGAAUUCGGACCUUCUUGCAAAGACCAUUCAAGACUUUGUGGCAUUUUAUCUGCACUUUUGCAGACUAUACAUAAAGCUUUAGAUUUUCGAGAGUGGGUUAUAUUUGGAUUCCCUUGGAAGAUGGAUUGCUUUAUGGGAUGUACUGGUUAUCUUGGCAUCGAGAAUUGGAAGUGAAUUGUGUUAUGAUUGCAUGUAUCUAGGUGAAUCUUGGGAAUCUUGCAAGCCACCUUUCAAGCAUUUUUUACGAGUACUCAGCAGAUGCAAAAGACGGACCAUGAUUUCAAUUUCUAUGAAUAUUUGACUGAGGGAGAGAAGCCUGAGUUUUCUAUUCCUUGGAUGACUGAUUGUUUUUCCUCAGUUUUCUAUCACUGAUUAUAUUUCUAUUUUCAGUCUUCAAGUUAGCUUCCUUGGGAGAAAAAAAGGUGGUUGUUUUCCAUCUGCAGUUUUGUUUCGAUAUGUUUGGACGAAUAAUAUUGUUGUGGCGGUAUUGAAGGCAGGCAGGCAUGUAAUUAACGGUUUUCUGGAGAAGUUAGUACUUGGAUUUGUCAAAGUGGAUGACAAUGGCGAGCACUCGUUGAGAAUGAUUCUGAUCUAGUUCAUGGCCUAUUAGAAGUAGAAGGUGAUUUGGUGGGAUCUUCAUGGACAGGAAAAGGUUGCAGUCAGUUUGAUAAUGAUCGAGUGACAUUGCUUCCUCGGAUCAAACUGAGGAUCCCUUAGAUAGAUGCAAAAGCAGCGCUCAAUUUCUUCAUUUUGGAUUUUUCCAUUCCUUGCUACAGGGUAUGGUAGGUGAGUCAUGUCCGCGAGAAGUAGUUGGUGCAUAGAAUGUGGCGGACAAUGUAGUAUUACCAGCUCUUCAUCUUGCUGCAUUCUCCCAGUUGACCCUCAGAGGCAUCAUGGAGAUCCUAAGUUCGGACAGGAGAUAUCGACACUCUUUUAUCACAUCGCGAUCGGAGUGAUUAUCUACGACAGCACCAUCACUCAGCAACAUGAAGGCAUCACUCGAGUCAAUCUCGAUGAUGAUCUUCUUCAACUUGUAGUUCUUCGCCAAGGUCAGCCCGCAGUGAGGCAUGGAGGGGUUGCUACCACACCUAGUCGCCCGAUGAAUCCUCUGUGCACCUUCCCUUACCGUCUCAUGCAAUACCUUCAAAGCAUACUAACCCUGAAUUCGACAUGAAACUUCUAUCUGUAUUGAUCUUAAUGAAACCGAAUAGAGGAAAUGAGCAACUAAUAACACGAUAAACAUUAUGCACGUAUCCAAUAACAGAAAAAUAAACAUAUUACCAAUUAG